AUGAAUGGGGUUUGUCAAUAUCUGCCAAAUGAAGUGAGUUUUGUUAACAAACGUUGUUGAAAAAUAAAUAUUAGGUCCGACAUAAAAAACCCGCCAUACUUUGCCUGUAAUUUCUUGUAAAAAAUGGUGGGUUCUUUAUGUCGGCACCUAAUAUUUUAUAUGUAUAUACUUUCAUAUUUAUUUUUAUAUUUUUAUAUUGAUUUUUUUCAAAUUUUUAUAUUUUUUGAUUUAUAUUUAAUUUAUAUUUAUUUUUAUAUUUAUUUUAAUUUUUUUUUAUUUUAAACUUUGUUUUUAAUAGGUAUGGCAAAAAAUCUUUGCUGGAGUGUCCUGCAUUGACAGCUUGGCAUCGCUGGCUUCAAUUGACAAAAACUUUUACAAAUUAAUUAAAAGAGAUUUCAAAAAGAUGUGCUAUCGAAAUUGUAUAUUUCGCUUUGAAGGAGAAACGUGGGCUAUGGCUUUUAGUUGGUAUGUUUUCUAUAAGACUCUAUCCCACACUCUUACAAAGAAAAUAUUCCACCUGCGCCACUCAGAAUCAGCUCAAAAUUUUUAUACGGAUUCUUUGUAGUACAAGUAGCACAUAGACGAAAUCUUAGCUUGCAGUUUUAAGUUGUAAAACUAAUAAAUUUAAAUUUCCCGCCAAAUGUGGCAAAUUUGGCAUUGUGUUGCAAGAACUUUUUUUGAUGUUCCAGACAAGAAAGGCUUACAAAUUUAAAAUUGCAGGUUCAUUUGAAACUUUUAUAUCAUUAUAUUAAAGAAAAAUAGUUAAAAGUCAAAAAUGAGGAAUUUAUAAGCUUGAAACACAAUGCCAAUUUGGCGGGAAAUUCAAAACGCGAUUUUUAAUCUCGAUUUUCUCAAGACUGGCUGCAAACCGCAACUUAGAAUUUUGCAUAAGAUCUUACUUUUGCAUAAUCUUUCAAUAAAAAAAGUUUAAACGAAAUUUAAGCGUUGCAGGUCCUUCCUUGUUAUGCUCACAACAAAGCUAACAUACCUAAAACAAACGUUUUUAAAAAAUUAUUAACCUAUAUUUACUCUAGGGUAGCUCAACGUGUAUUCAACCUGACUUCUGAUGACAGUGCAAAAGUCUGUAUUCAUAGUGGGAAAAUGGUGUUUUGCUUAAAACCACAUUGUGCUAUACUCUCUCAAAUCGACUUGUCAAACUUUGAAUACGAACUGAUAAAGUUUAAGGAUCACUUUACCGAACCAGUUGAAGACAUUGUAAUCAUAAACAAAGGAACACGGUUGAUUAUUAGCUGUGAUGAUCCGACAUUGGGUCAUCUUGCUUAUUUGUAUGAAAUCCAAACAAAAUAAAUAUUGAGACGCUUUGAGCCUACAUAUGGUCAACCUGGACUUUACUCGCUACAAAAAGGCAAUGUUCUGUAUGAUCCAUACACUAACUGCGAGUUUGAAUUGCCCGCCGGAAUGCGACAUUUAACGAAAUACUGUAAAGACAUGUUCUGUACUCAUCGUUAUCUACCGUUGUUAGCACAACAACACAGGAAAUUGUAUCUGAAAGACAUGGCAACUAAAAAACUUGUCAAAUUUUGCACCGUCAGUGACCGCUUCAGCCAUAUUAUUUUAGAGGAGGCUGGCUUGCUUUUAGUUAAAAGUAAGGUUUGUUUUAGAAUUGUAGGGUACAGUCAGGGCCGGGUUUUCGUCUGAAGGACAGAGGGGGGGGGGAGAGGAGAGGGGGAGGGGAGGAAUGUAGAAGAGGGAAGAAAGAAAACAACUCUCUCCCGAAAAUUCUAAAAGUUUAACUUGAUCCCCCUAUGAAUUUAAAAAAAAUCGCACAAAAAGUUUUCGCCCGGCCCUGGGUACAGUAAUUGAUUAGUUUAACUCAAAUCUAAAAAAUUUUAGAUAGCAAUUAUGAUCACGAUGAAGGAAACAACAUUCAAUUUUACGAUUUAAAAACGCAAAAAGAGGUUUACGAACGUUGUUUUAAACGUGGACAAAAUUGGAGAGCAUUUUCACAGUACGGAAUUCAAAAUCGUGAAACUGGUGAAGUAAGCAUCUAAUAUAGUAUUAUUAAAAAAGAAAAAUCUUUUAUGAAACAAGACCUAUAUUAUUAUAAGACCCGAUAUUACCAUUGCAACCUGUUAAAUAUUAGGUCGAACGAAAAGUAGCGGGUCACUUUUCAUUUUAUUUUUAACAAAAAGGGGUCCUACUUCUAGUUCAACCUAACAAUAAAAUGUAAAAAUUUAAUUGCACUCAUUUUUCAGUACAUCAUGUACAAUCCUAUCAAAAAACAGUUUUACUCGACAUUCAUCUACUGUCAGAAACCAUCCUAUGAAUCAACAGUAGCUUGUAAUUUUAAGUCAACCAUAAAUGGAAACCCGUUUAGGAACAUUGACGAAUGCAAAGAUUAUGAAACACCGUUUUUCUUUGACUACUCAACCGGUAAGAGCCCUAGUCCCGAACCACCCAAACCUAAAGCACUAGCUUAA